AUGGAAGUAACUGGUGGUGCGCUAAUGUCUUUAUUUAUAUCCUGUGUCGUGUUAAUACAGGCACAACAUCAACUAGAAGAUGAAAUUUAUAAACUUAAAAGACAUCAGUUGGAGUGUAUAGAAGAAACCAGAGUAGAUCCUGAUAUGGUGAUGAGGGUCAAAAAAGGUAAAUUUCAGAACAAGCCUGAUGUGCUCUUGAAGAUGUGGACGUUGUGCACACUCAUGAAGUCAGGAUUGAUGACCCCCCAAGGUGUCUACAAGUUUGACAACGCCUUAUCAAGAGUACCUAAGCAGGAUGCAGAACUAGUGGGAAAACAAAUAGACAAGUGCCUAAGUAAAAAAGCUAUACCACCAGUCGAUAUUGCCUACAAUUUUGUUAAAUGUUACAAUAAGAUCAAAACAAAUUAUACAUUAGUUUCAAUUAUUUAA